AUGGCCUCAGAAAUUGUAAUAAAUGAAGAAAUGCCUGAAGAGGUAGCCCAUGAGGUCCAUGAUGAGUUGUUUGAAAUUGCCAUGAAAGGCCAUUGGGACAAAGUAGUGGAGGUCUAUCAGAAGAGCUCAAAGGCUCAAACGGCCAAGCUCACCAAAUCAGAAGACACGGCUCUCCACUUAGCUGUCUCAGAUGGCUACACAGACAUUGUUGUCAAGCUAGUUGAUAGCAUUCCUGUAGAUGAAGCUUCCAACAUCCUUGAAAUCAAGAAUGAAGGCGGCAACACCCCUCUCCAUAUUGCGGUGAUAGUUGGGAAUGAGGAUAUGUGUAUGUGCAUUGCCCUCAAACACCGGAAUCUAAUCAUAGCUCGUAACGCGGAGAGCGAGACACCUCUCUUCUUGGUAGCCCAUCUUGGGAACUGGAUGCUACUAAAGAACAAUUAG